UUCAUCUCUCUCUCUCAUAGAAAAAAAAACAGAUCAAAGAAAAAAAAAACAGGACAAAAAAACAUGCAAGAACUACCAGAUUGCGUCUAUGAAAGAGACGAACCAAACAUAAUAACUCCGAAAUCUCCGACACCAAAUCACUGUCUCUACCUCUCGAACCUCGACGACCAUCAUUUUCUCAGAUUCUCGAUCAAAUACCUCUACGUCUUCCAAAAACCCAUCGACUGUGAGAUUCUCAGAGAUUCUCUCUCUAGGGUUCUUGUCGAUUACUACCCUUUAGCUGGUCGGAUCAGGGCCGUUAAACCCUCCGGUGAUCGGAAUCAGAACAAGCUCGAGAUUGACUGCAAUGGGCAAGGAGCUGUUUUCGCCGAAGCUUUCAUGGAUAUCACUUCCAACGAUUUUCUUCAGCUUUCUCGGAAGCCAAACAGGUCAUGGAGGAAGCUUUUGUUUAAGGCUCAAGCUUCCAGUUUCUUGGAUAUUCCUCCCCUUGUCAUUCAGGUGACGAAACUCCGUUGCGGGGGUAUGAUCCUCUGCACCGCAAUCAACCAUUGCCUGUGCGACGGCAUCGGUACAUCCCAGUUCUUUCAUGCAUGGGCCCACCUCAUCACUGGGCCCUACCACGAUCAUCAUCUUCCAAUCCAACCAUUCCACUUUCGACACGUGCUGAAACCCCGUGACCCUCCACGUGUCACCCACUCGCACCCUGGAUUUACCCGAAUCACCCUCGGCGACCAGAAAGCCUCCUCCAAUAUUAUUACCCUCGACGUCACAAAAUAUUUACAGUCCCAGCCACUCUCUCCCGCCACCUUAACCUUCACCCCUUCCCUUAUCCUCCGCCUCAAGAAAACAUGCGCCCCAUCGCUAAAAUGCACCGCAUUCGAGGCACUCGCUGCUCACACGUGGCGCUCGUGGGCACAUUCCCUUGAUUUACCGUUGACCAUGCCAGUCAAACUGUUGUUUUCGGUCAACGUGAGAAAAAAGUUGACUCCAGAGUUACCACAAGGGUAUUAUGGGAAUGGAUUUGUACUAGCUUGUGCUGAAACCAAGGUACAGGAGCUGGUAAAUAUGAAUAUUUCCCAUGCGGUAAAAUUGGUCCAGGAAGCGAAAUCGAAGAUAACCGAUGACUAUAUCAGAUCGAUGGUAGAUUUGCUGGAGGAUAAAACGGUAAAAACCGACGUCUCUUGCGCUUUGGUUAUAUCGCAAUGGGCGAAAUUUGGACUGGAGGAUUUGGAUUUGGGAGGAGGAAAGCCUUUGUAUAUGGGCUCGUUAACGAGUGAUAUUUACUGUUUGUUUUUACCGGUCGCCGGUAACUUUGACGCCGUUAGGGUUCAGGUGUCUAUGCCGGAGGAUGUUGUCAAGAGGUUUGAGUAUCGCAUGGUGGAGUGUUUUGGCAGAAAAAGCUAACGGCGAAGAGAAUGGAAUUAUAUAAAUAAAAAGCCUUUUUUUUCAUUGUACCUCUUCUAUAUACUAUGAAUUAUGAUUAAUGAUUUACAAUAACAAAAUAAUGACAUUAAU